GCUACUGAUUGCUUUGUCCCAGGAAAUCGUCCCUCUCUCUUCCCGUGAAACAUGUUUCAAGCAUUUCCCUUCCCGCGUGGUUGGGCGGCCCGUCGUCAUUCAUCUGAAAAGACCCACACACGCCUGCCUUUGGUGGGGGAGGCCCGUCUCGGGCAGCACAAUGGCCAGCAUAACCUCAAAUGAAAACAUGGCAUAAAUACGAUUACGGGCGAUGAUGUAGUGCUUUAUGCAUUCGCGGCAUCUCAACCUCCGCAGUCCCGGCUACCUGGUUUGGUAUAUAUAUGUACUGGCAGAGAAGUGCUCCCUAUUGUUACCUACCAUCCCAGUAAGCCCACUUCCAUCAGAUAACGUUCUCAUCAAAUUCGCUGACAAGGCCGAUGACGGCGAUGGCUGGCCGCUGGAAUGCGGGGGAUAAGCUGUGGCACAUGCACUAGAGCACAAAAUGCGGGGGUUUUAAAAGCUCCGAUUUCCAGGUCGAUAUAUUUCUACCAUAUUGUCGAUAUGUGUGGAAGACCAGUCUAGUAACCAUUGCAAAGGAAUCAGAGACUUCUCCAUUUCAUUCUAACUUUAUCUCUGUGCAGAUUGCCGACGGAUUUACGGUAGCUAUAACACUCGGUUUGGGCGGUCAGCUGUGUGACCCAGGUCAAAGCCAUAGUCUGCACCUCACGAUCCCAGAGGCAACCGGCAGGACCGGCCUGGUUGUGUUUCCACGCUGCAAUUCCGAAGUCUCAACCGCGACUCCGGCAAAUCCAUUUUCCUCAGCUUCUCUGGGGAAGAUCCACGACCCGAUCCAGAUUUCUCCGCAGCCGACUGGAGACAAGUUUUCCCCGCAUCCGCACGCCCGCAGUUCACUCACCCCACACUUCCGAUCUGAACUGAACCCUUUGGCAGCUGGUAGAGAAGCUUAGUUCAAGAGUUCGGAAUGCCGUGAUUCUGCGAGUAAGAAAUAUACAUGCAUUUGCCAUCCCCACUGCCGUUCCGCUGUUGAUCCAACAGCGCGAAUGUCCACACCAAUCUGUGAUGGAUAUUGCCCACCAGACCAGCUGCCGAGGCAUGGCCCCCCAGGUCGUGUAGAGAGCUAUAUAUCCGCUGAAUAUCAUUUAUUUUCUCGUGGUUCUUGUUGACUGCUUCAGCUCUUGACACAGUGACAUCCCACAACAUCACCUCUUGGACAAAUCGCUAAACACCUGCCCCCUAUUUCAGUCCAAAGAUACCUACCCCUGAAUAGCAUUGUCACCAAAACAACAUCAAGAUGCCUCACUCCACGGCCGCAGACGUCUAUGACCUGCGCAUCGUCGUCAUCGGCGCAGGCAUGGGAGGCUUAGGCACCGCCCUCGCCUUCGCCAAAAAGGGCUUCAAAAACAUCUCCGUCUACGAAACUGCCUCCAACCUCGGCUUCGUCGGCGCGGGAAUCCAAAUGCCACCAAACGUCAUGCGCGUCCUCGACCGCCUCGGAGUAGCCCCCGAGAUCGAAGCCGAAGCCACCGACGUCCAAGCCACCAGCAUCAGACAGGGCAGCACAAACGAAGAGCUCGCCCACGUCUCCAUGCCUGACAUUCGUGAGAAGUAUGGGUUUCCUCAUCUCACCGGUCACCGCUCCAACCUCGCGGGGAGUCUGUAUAACGGCUGCUUGAAGGAACCGGCGAUCAAAUUCUACUUUGGCACAUCCCUUGUCAACAUCACGUCCUUCUCCCCCAAGCCAACGUUGAUUUUCAGGUCCCGUGCUCAGGAAGAGGAGUUCACAGUUGAAUGCGAUAUUUUGCUUUCGGCGGAUGGGAUCAAAUCCCCUACCCGGUCUCACCUUCUCAGGGCGUCGCACAACUUGACGCAGACGGAAGAGGAGGACACCGGCCAGGCUGCGUAUAGAAUCAUGCUCACAAGGGAACAGCUUGCCCCUUUUCCGGAGCUGAUCAAGUUGCUGGAUAGCAACACUGUGGUGAGGUGGGUGGGUGAGAGGAGGCAUAUUAUUGCGUAUCCUGUCUCUAACCACAACAUUUACAACAUCUCGACUGCUCACCCGGAUACCAACUUUGCCUCGGCCACGUCGGCGACGUAUACCACCAAGGGCUCAAAAUCGCAGAUGCUGUCGGUGUUUGAGACUUUCUGCCCGCUGGUGCAGGAUAUGCUUAACCUCGUACCUGAUGGUGAAGUCUGCGAGUGGAAACUGCGGAUUCACAAGCCUCUUCCUACUUGGGUUCACGGGUCGGUUGCUCUUGUUGGGGACGCGUGCCAUGCCACGCUUCCGCAUCUCAGUCAGGGUGCGGCUAUGGCCAUUGAGGACGGGGCGGUCUUGGCCGAGGUUGUGAGCGAGAUUCCGGCGGAGAAGAUUCACGAUGGGGAGACGAUUACCAAGACGUUGAAGGUGUAUGAGUUGUUGCGGAAGCCGCACUGUACCGCGCUGGUGGAUCUGGCGACUCACUCUGGACGGGUAUUGCAUUUGGGAGAGGGCAAGGCGAAGGAGGAGAGGGACAAGGCAUUCAAGGAGAACGGAAAGUCAGGGUCGGUGCCUGACAAGUGGGCUAGUCCGGACGUGCAGAAGAUGAUUUAUGCGAAUGAUUGUGUCAAGGAGGCGAGGGAGAGGUUUGGGAAGUUGUUUGCUAGCUUGUAGAGAGCGGGGUGGUUGUAGGAGUAAUGAUAUCACGGACAUACUUUCAACGUCUCUACCUGAGGCUCAAAUGGGGUCGCUUUUCGUAUAGUCACUGGUGGGCAUGAAGCCCAUCAUGACAAAUGACCACAGGACUCCAUAUAUAGAGAGGUG